AGAGACUAGGCUACAUUAAUUGGUCCCCGGGACACCAGUAACAUAGGCUGUCGACAAGAACAACGGCAGCAUCAUGAAAACACUGGGCGUGGCGUCACUGGCAAUCUUGCUCAGCCUUUUCUCACAACAUGGCGAGUCGUUUGCUGUGGGCCCAGACCUCGCACAGUUCGGCGCCUUGCUCUUCUCCAGUCGUGUGAAGAAACUGUUCUGCUUCGACACGCACGGAACCAACCAAGAGGUCGAAGAUGCUCUCCGCGCUACCAAGUUCACUGGUGGUCAGACCCGGACGGCCAUGGCCCUGUCCUAUGCUCGAACUCAGGUCUUCAGGGCAGGCAAGUGUGGACACCGUGAUGACGUGCCCAAAGUGAUUAUCCUCAUCACAGACGGAAAGUCCAGGAGCACCCGUAGAACAAUCCGCCAGGCAAAAUAUCUAAAGAAUACUGGCACGACAAUCAUCACCAUUGGAGUUGGACCUUUGAUUUCCAUGCCCGAGCUGAGAGCUGUUGCGUCCAGAGAGGACCUCGUAUUCAGCGUCACAGAUUUCAACGCCCUGACCUAUUUGAGAGAAGAAGUGUCGGCAAAGGGCUGUCAGGAGGGUGAAGACACAUGCAAAGUUCCUGUGGACCUCGCCUUCCUGUUGGACUCUUCCAGGAGUUUGACCAAAGAGGACUACAAUGACCAGAUUGACUUUGUGAUGAAUAUGACCCACGAGUUCAUGGUGAGCCCGACCCAGACAAGAGUUAGUGUGGUGCAGUACGCUCACAGAAGCUACAGACAAUUCUGCUUCAACCAGCACAUGACCAACGACGCAGUCAUCGAGGGAAUCGCGGCCAGAGAGCGUCGCUUGCGUGGCAGUACCAAGACAUACCUGGCUCUCAAGUAUCUGAGGAACAGAAUUUUCACCCCUGUAUGCGGCUCCAGAGAAGGCUCGUCCAAGAUCGCCAUUCUCGUCACCGAUGGCAAAGCCAAUAACCCGGAGAGAGCACUACUCGAGGCGGAAGAGCUGAAGAGUACAGGCGUCCAGCUUGUAACUAUCGGCAUCGGUGACAAAGUCGACUACGACGCGCUGAAAGCCAUGGCGUCCUCCCCAUCCGUAGCCUUCGAGUCUCCAGAGUACACUCUACUUGAAGCCAUCAAACCAAAUGUCUCAGACACCGCGUGUGACGUCGCUAUCAGUGAAAUACCCACUUACGAAGAAGAAUGCAACAGUCGAUGCAAAUACAACCUUAUCUGUGUCGGGGAACCGAUGACCUGCCAGUGUGACCAAGGGUUCCAGUUCGAUUCCGAGGCUCCUGGCUGCGUGCCAUAUCCCGGUUAUCAGGAGGAGUGCGAGGACCAGUGUACGUCCAACUUGGUGUGUGAGGACAGAAUCGAUGUCAACAUGUGCAGUUGCCCAGAGGGAUUCGAAUACGACGCACAGCAGUCCAAAUGUGUUGAGUCCGAGACGUGCCAUGCCCAGCUUGAUGUGGCUUUCCUCCUCGAUGCCUCCAGCUCUAUUGGCGGGAACAACUUCAAAAAGAUGACCGACUUUGCGGCCAAAAUCGCCAGCCAUUUUGAACUGGGCCCCAACGCCAUCCAGUUCUCCGCUGUUGUCUACGCAGAUGUACCCAAAGCGGCUUUCUGUCUCAGUGAAUACCACACACAACCAGAACUUGAACAGGUAACUGGUGGCUCGCAAAUGUUGAAAAGUGCGGACUGUAAAAAGCUUGGAGUGCCCAGUGACGGGGAGCCGUGUACCGGAGCCUGCGCCGCUAACCUGGUGUGCCAGAACGACGUGUGUGCCUGUGAAUCAGGGUACUCAUUUGACAACGUCACACAGGAGUGCAUCAUGGGUUAUGGCGACUUCUGCAAUGGCGAAUGUAAGAACAACUUGGAAUGUAUCGCCCAAGCGGAGGAGCAUGUAUGUCUGUGCAAGGUCGACAUGUUCUACGAGUCUACAGAAGGAACUUGCAAACCAGAUCCGGGCUACCAAGAGCCAUGCAAGGACAGGUGUGUGGGUAACCUUGAGUGCGAUGACGACACCAAAGUGUGCAACUGUGAAGACGGCUGGUACUUUAACCCCAGGCUGGACACAUGCGUGGAGAAGAGCUUCAUCAUAGGGCCCAAGGACACCCUCAUGUCUGUGAUCACGUACAACAGAGCUUCAUCAUAG